CAGAGAGUAUAAACCGCGAGAGCUCCUUCACCAUGAGUAUGAGUGCUUCAUUUUUUAAGGUCUCAAAAUGAUUUCAUCCAUCAUAUAAUAUCAAGUGGCCUUUAUCCUGCAUCCUAUUUUGUUCUCCUCUCAUUGUUGUGCAAGAAUUUCCUCAUCUCAGGUCCCUACUGAGUUUCCAUGGCAUCAUCCUCCCGUAGAAGGAAUCCGGCUCGUGGCAAAACUAGGAUCACUCAAUCUCAUGACUCUAUCCCAAAUGAAAAAACUCCUCCUCCAAGUCCAAUUCAAAUUUCUGCCACAAAGUUAUAUAGAACUCCUACUCACAAGAGGCUAUAUGAGAAAGAAUUUCUUCAUAGGAAAGUGGCCAAAGGAAAGGUUCUGUCACACACUAUUUGUGAUGACCUCAACCUCAACACCUACAAUCUCUUUAAUGCUAUUGGCCUUGGGUCAUUUGUUGGGAUGAAAAACAAGUAUUAUCCAAGACUUGUUCAGUUAUUCUACACCCACCUUGAGAAAGUGCCUGGUGUAGAGAAGUUACAAUGCUAUGUGGCUGGAGUAGAAUUCCAUCUUGAUGUUAGAAGCAUUUCCAAAAUCUUUCAUUUUAUGGAUGAUGGUAUUCAAUUCUACUCUCCUCAAAAAUGGUUCACUGGGAAAGAUUUUGACAAACUAGCAGCCAUUCGCCAAAUGAGCUAUGAUUCCCGCACUACCAAUGUUAAAGAAGUAAAAUCCAAACAAUUGACUAUGGAAGCUCGAUUGAUCCACAAAAUCAUUGCAUACUCCAUUCUUCCUAAAACCGGCAGUCGCUCAAAAGUCUCUCGCAUGGAAAUCUUUCUGAUAUGGUGUGUUUUAAAUGGAAAAGAUUUUGACUUGGCCUACAUUAUCUUUCAUCACAUGUUGGCAUGCAAGAAAAAGAAAAACACUCCACUCCACUAUGCCAUGGUUCUCACCCACAUUUUCAUGGCUAACAACAUUCCACUUGACAAAAGUGAAUCAGCCAAACUAGGCCCAAGAGAUAUCCUUAAUGCUUUCAAUCUAGACACAAUGGGGCUAAAAAGGGAUCCUGAUGGUAUGUGGUUUUAUCCUAGGCAAAGAAGGUUCGAAGAGGCUAGAGCUCGUGGAGAAGAGAUUGAGGAUGUUGAUGAUGGGGAUGAGGAAGAACAUGAAAGCCAUGACAGUGCUGAAGAUGAGGAUGUUCCAGUUGCACAUCGCUCAAAUCAUGAUCUUUUAUUGGAACUUCUAAAUGUUUCUCGUCAAAAUCAAGCCACUCUUCAAGAACAACAAACCACUCUUGAACAUCAACAACAACAACUUGACGAAGUGCUUAUGACUGUCACUCAUAUCAGUGAAGACUUUGAAGCCUUUCGAAAAGGCCUUGAACCCCCUCCUCCUUCUACUUAGAACAAUAUCACCUCGUCUAAAAACUCUUUUUGUGCACUCACUUGUUUUAUCUGCUUUGAAGAAGCUUCUUUUAGCUAUGUUUUUACUUAUGUCGUUUUUCUUUUGAAGUCUUUAUCAUGAUCUAUGCUUUUGUCUAACAUCUGCUAGUUAUGUUCAUAUUUUCCUUAUCUACUGU